AUGUCAUCUGAACCUACGCCAAGUUGUUACGUUCCACAAGUCAACCCAGACUCUAAUAUCGGUGGUGUGGAGGGCGCUACGGCUCAUAGCAUAAGAUCCACUAAAAGUGGGUCCAGGCAUUCCUCCGCAAUUAUUAAAGCACAAAAGGCUGCUGCAGAAGCACUGGUUUUGCGCCGCCGCUUGGAACGUGAGUUAGACAUCGUCACACGGGAACGCGAACGUGAACGACAGUUGGCAGCUCUGCAGGUAGAGGUUGAAAAUAGCGAACUGCGAGCAGAGUUGGCUGCCAUUGAAGCAAACGGCAGCUGUACUGGAAGUCGCGCAAGUCAUCGGAGCUCUACUAGGGUGGUAAAUGAUACUGAGAGGUGGGUGGAAAACACUCAAUUUAUUAAAAGUCAUGAAGACAGAGAUAUCAGGGACAUUUCUGCAGUAGAAUGUGGACAACAAUGUUUUGUUCCAUUACCCGGUAGUUCGGUACUACCACCGACUGCCACACGGGCAGCUGCAUCCCCUGUCAUAGCUUGUAUAUCACAACCGUGUAAUAAUGGUGUGCCCGUAGCGGUGGACAUUUCACCUCCGCUCAUUAAUACAGACGCAAAUAUUUUAAAAGCUGUAGCUGACACCGCGGCAGCAGCGAAGGCUCUUGCCUCUGGUCGCGUUGCUAACCUCGAGUUAUUUCCUUUUUUUGGUAACCCACUACAAUGGUUACAGUUCAAACGUAUUUAUGACGUCACUAAAUCUAACUUCUCUACUUUAGGUAAUUUAUCCAGACUUCAGAGCGUACUCAAAGGGCCCGCAUAUGAGGCCGUCGCGACGUUACUAAUGGCAACAGAUGACCCGGACGAGGUGGUGCGCGCACUUGAAGAAAACUUCGCGCGUCCAGAGUUUAUCGUGUUCAGGGAAGUGUCUCAUUUAAAAAAUCUUCCACGUCUGGGCAAUGAUCUGAAAGAACUCUCGACACUCGCCAAUAGGGUACGAAAUUCUAUAGCUACAAUUAAACUGUUAAAUCAGUCAGAGUAUUUAUACUCUCCUGAGUUAUUCUAUGCCGUACUAGGAAAAUUAAAUCCUACAAUGAAAAUUAGGUGGACGGAUUUUGCCACACAAGAUACUACUCGACGUCCUAAGCUUGAAUUGUUGUCUGAAUUUUUGAGGCGCGAACUAGACCAACACAUUCGGUUUGGUCUGUCACCCGAGUCUAGUUGCCGUCCUCACGUGUAUUUAAAGGUGAUACCUAUCACUGUUUCGGGGCCUAAAGGUAGUUCUGAUGUAUUUGCACUACUUGACGAUGGAAGCACCGCUACUUUAAUCGAUUCUAGUGUUGCGACGCGCAUAGAUGCGACAGGGCAACAACGCAAGAUUACUGUAAACGGUAUUGGCGGUCUUGAACGACAUGUUACGGUAUCAUACGUUAAUUUUCACAUUAAGGGUAGACACACACAAGAGACAUUUUUAGUAAAAAAUGCUAAGUCUAUGAAUUCGUUAUCCUUGCAACCUCAAACAAUUCGUCGUCAAGAUAUCGAAACUUUUUCACACCUUAAUGAUUUAGUCGAUGUGUUAUCAAAUGAGGAUGCCACUCCAACCGUUUUAAUCGGAGCUGAGGACUGGCAUUUAUCAAUUAAUCGUGAUAUUCGUGUUGGUAAGAAGAACGAACCCGUGGCCUGUUUAACAUCACUAGGUUGGACGUUAUAUGGCGCUUCUUCAAGUAAAACAAAAUUAGUAGAAUUUGUAAAUCACGGUAUAUUUAUAGAGUCAUCUAAGGAUGAUAAUUUAGAGUCGUUAAUCAAAGAACAGUAUAAAAUAGAUUCUUUAGGGAUUUCUAAGACGGAAUCACAACUUAAUAUACAGGAACAACGUGCAGUUGAUAUUUUAGAAAUCACUUCGAGGCGCUUACCCUCUGGUCGAUUCGAGUUAGGCAUGCCUUGGCGUCACGAUAUCCAGCACGUUCCUGGCAGUUAUCCUCAAGCAUUGUCGCGUUUUUUAAGCUUGGAAAGACGUAUGUCCAAAGAUGCUACAUUCGCUAAGGCUUAUUGUGAUUUCAUUACGAAUAUGAUUACUAAAGGUUAUGCGGAAGAAUGUGCUUUUGAGUCUUAUUAUUCGAAUCGCCGUGAUGACAAACAUUCUGAUAGUAUACGUUUUUAUCUUCCACAUUUUGGCAUAUAUCAUCCUCAGAAGCACAAACUUCGAGUUGUUCAUGAUGCAGCAGCUAAGAAUGAGGGCAUCAGUCUGAACUCUUUAUUACUUCCUGGGCCUGAUCUACUCCAAUCGUUAUUAAAAAUAUUGUUCUGUUUUCGCGAGGGUCAUUUUGCUAUGAUGGCAGAUAUUAAGGAAAUGUUUCCACAAGUUCGUAUUAGAGAACAGGACAGAGACGCAUUUAGGUUUCUUUGGAGACAUGAUAAAUUACAACCUAUAAAAGAGUUCAGGAUGACAUCCGUCAUUUUUGGUGCAUGCUGCAGUCCGUUCAUCGCACAAUUUAUAAAAAAAAAGAAUGCUCAAGACUAUGAGAACCUGUAUCCUAAAGCUACAAAUGCCAUAUUGUGUCAUCAUUAUAUGGAUGACUACAUAGAUUCAUUGGACGAUAUCGACGAGGCAGCUCAGUUAGCGUCUGAUAUUAUCACCGUUCACAAGGCUGCUUGUUUUGAGAUGCGGGGAUGGAUUUCCAAUGAGCCAACAGCACUAAAACUCGUUCCGGAAGACCUCCGAGCUGUUCAACCAUUGGAAAUUGAUGUCUGUAACUCUGUCACUAAUGUCCGAGCGUUAGGCAUGUCAUGGAAUCCUGCAACUGACAAUUUGGGUUUUCGUACUGGUAUAUCCGAAACCUACCCUAACUCUCUUACAAAACGCAAGGUCUUGUCACAUAUAAUGCGUGUUUAUGACCCCUUGGGUUUAUUAGGGCCUAUUGUCAUAAAGGGUCGGAUUUUAUUUCAAAAAACAUGGAGAUCUAAUGUAGAUUGGGAUACUGAACUUUCACAGACAGAGACAUCAAGAUGGAAUGACUGGUUUAAGGAACUGUUGAAUGCAAGUGAGCUUGCAUACGUAUGCGUCGCUUAUUGGCGUUUAAUAUACGCUGACGGCGACAUUAAGCUCACUCUCAUCUCGAGCAAAGCUCGCGUUUCUCCUUUAAAACCAGUUUCUAUCCCACGACUGGAACUCCAGGCCGCCCUAAUUGCUUCCCGUCUCGCAAUCACCGUUAAGGACAGCCAUCGCAAAAAGGCUGUUUGUACAUUUUUUUGGACUGAUUCGAUGACUGUUCUCCAAUGGUUACGAGGCGAUGCACGGUGCUACAAACCCUUUGUCGCCCAUCGCGUAGGCGAAAUAUUAGAAAAUUCAUCCGUCAAUGAAUGGCGAUGGGUGCCAACGGAUAUGAAUGUAGCCGAUGACGCGACUAGGUUACGUCCUAUUAAUUUAGAUAGUUCACAUAGGUGGUUUUGUGGACCAUCAUUUUUACAUAAUUCUCCAGAAAACUGGCCAAAGGAGCCAGUUAAUAUCGCACCAGUUCUUGAGGAGCUAAAGUGUCAACCACAGGAAUUGGUGGGAUUCACUUCUUUUAAUUCAGAUUUGGCUUUUCCAGUUACAGCAAAUUUUGAUUUCUUCAGUGACUGGACUCGUUUAUUACGUGCCACAGCUCGGGUUCAUCAAGCUGUAGCUAUUUUUAGAGAAAUUUUGGCCAACAUUCGAAAUUCUAAAUUAAAUGGCGAAGUCUUUCGUUCUCGCCGGCGCUCAACGUCCACUAUUCUGCUACCAUUAGAUGCCGAUUUAAUUAAAACCGCAGAAAGGCACAUCUUGCAGCGCACGCAACUAGAUAGUUUUGGAGAAGAAUAUAAAUUGAUUCUUAAUUCUAAACCAAUACUUCGGAAUAGUCGCCUGAGUAAACUUUCACCAACCAUUGGAGAAGACAAGCUUUUACAUUUAGCUGGGAGAAUUAAAGCCGUAGAGGAUGUUGAUCCAGACACCAAGUUUCCAAUUUUGCUAGAUGGUCGCCACCCAGUUGUACACUUGUUAGUACAUUUUUACCAUUGCCGUGCAGGUCAUGCAAACCAUGAGUUGGUUAUAAACGAAUUAAGACAAAAAUUCUGGUUAGUUAGCCUUCGUAAUACUGUGAGAUCCGUAGCCAGACAGUGUCCGUUUUGUCGAAUUCGCAGGGCCUUGCCAAUGGAUCCUGCCAGAGGAGACCUGCCGCAACAAAGAUUAGCACAUCAUCAACGACCUUUUACAUAUACUGGAGUGGAUUACUUCGGUCCAGUUACUAUGACUAUUGGACGACGUCACGAAAAACGCUAUAUAGCCUUAUUUACAUGCCUGUCUUCAAGAGCUAUCCACUUGGAGGUGGUGCAUAGUCUGUCCGCAGAUUCUGCGAUAAUGAGUCUUAGACGUUUUAUUGCCAGAAGAGGAACUCUAACCACCAUCUUUUCUGACAACGGUACUGCAUUUAUUGGAGCCAACCGCAUUCUUAAAGAAUUUUACACAUCUGAUGUAAAAAAAUUUGCGGCUACAAAAGGUAUCACUUGGAGCUUUAUUCCACCAGCAGCGCCAACUUUUGGAGGGUGUUGGGAGCGGCUUGUAAGAUCUGUCAAGGUCGCAUUAAAAGCCACUCUCAAAGAAAGGUCACCCAAAGAAGAAAUACUUACGACACUUGUGGCAGAAGCUGAGGCAAUUGUAAAUUCACGCCCAUUAACUCAUGUUUCAAGCGAUCCUGAUGAACCAACCACCUUGACACCAUUCUAUUUCCUCAUUGGUACGUCGUCAAACCAAAUAACACCACCAUUGGAGGAUCGUGACCUAAUUGGCCGUUCGGACUGGAGAAAGGCAUUAAGGUUGGCUGACCAUUUUUGGAAUCGGUGGGUGCGGGAAGUCCUCCCCACAAUGCAACUAAGAGUCCAAACAAAAGGAACGCAGGAUUUGCAAGUCGGAGACGUAGUCUUUAUAGUCGACGAGUCUCUACCACGAGGUUAG